AUUGGCCAAAGGCGUCAGAACUGGCAUAGGAUGAUAUGUCGCAAUGAGACAGAUACAUCUAUUGACCGGGGAUGUUGUGAAUCUUGGUGUGAGCAGUUGGCUUCUUGUUUCAGGCAGUCGUCCAAUUGGACAUCGCGCUGUACGCAAAUGUGGAGGUGCAGAAACCCUCGCAAAAAGCUUUCUAUUAACACAACAGACUCGCUGUAUUUGGGCAGUAUCCAAGUGAAACAUUGCUGGGCAAGGAAUUUUACUGCCAUUAAGCUAACAACAGUGAUCGAAUUUCCAAGUAAGAAACUUGUCGACACCAUCCUCAAAGAAGUGAUAAACUCCUUUGGAUAUGAAGCAAAUCAAGAAAAGAUUGAACGUGCUCUUCUCUCCGUUACUGAUUUGGAGGAGUUCAUCGGGAAAUAUUCACAAUAUCAUCUUAAUGAAACCGCAACUAAGAUUUACAUUCGUUGUGAACAUGCAGGUGAGUAA